AUGAAUAUUUUUAAUAAACUAAUAACUCAAAUAUAAGAGUUUGAAAAAUCAAAUCUACUCUUAGAAGAAAACAAUCCCAGUUCUUUCACCUGGUACCACAACAGACUCAACCACAAGGCACCUAAAAAUUUUGAAAUUAAAGUUACUGAAUUAAGACCAUUCACCUUCAAUAACUCACGCAAUUUAUGGGUAUGGUUCAAAAAUUUGGUAGUCCCUACUAUCCGUCUCAGUGCUAGCUUUAACAAUUCAAACAAUUCAAUUCUCAAUUCAUCUAGCAAUUAAAAAUGUACUCCUCCUCAGCUUUACGCAAAAGCUUUGUGCCUUAAAAAACUUGAAAAUAACUAAUUCGAAGAAGUGCUGCUAAGUGGUAAAAACAAUGAAAAAUUCAACAAAGACAUGUGCCUGAUAUAAGGCAUCAAAUAUUCAGAAACUACAUUUGUCUCUAGAAGCUAAUAUUUCAGAAUGGUUAUCCUUGUUUCUGCUGGAUAAAAAGUAGAUGAAAUAACAGAUUUACAGGAUUUAGAAGAUAUUAUUAUUUCUCCACCAAUUUAUGUUGAAGCUCGUUAAAAAUUCUGGCUUGCUAGAUAAAGUAUCUAUGAAAAUUAUGAUCCCUUCCCAUCUGAAAUAAUUGAAAAGAAGUACGAAUUUUAUUCUAAGUAAAGUAAUGAGAAAUCAAUUCUCAGUGAUGAUGUUGCUUCCCUAUAUAAUUACUUUUUAAAUCCUUACAUUAGACAUAAGAGUGUGAACCCUUUGUUCCUUUCAUUAAAAUUCCCUAGAGCACUCAAUAUGUACUUCAACAAAGACUAUAUUCCUGACGAGUAUUUUGAUCAAAACAGACAAUUAAUAAAUAAAUAGUUCUUAAUUUUCUACCAAAAAAUUGUUUACCAACUAUUGGAGCAAACUGAAAAUUAGAGUGACGAUUAAACAAAUAAUUAGGUCCCUUUCAUACUCCUUUACUUAAACGAUCCUAGCGAGCAUUAAAAUAGUCUUGAAUUUGAUAAUCUUAGCUAGAAAAUAUCUUAAUUUUUAUCUCCUCUUUCCUCUUCUCUUUUAAACUAUUCAGCAAAACAACCAAGUUAAAUACCCUCUAAUUAUAUUAAGCUAAUUAAUAUUGAUGAUAUGAAAGCAGCUUACAAAAUAAGUUAAGGUACUUUAGAAAAAAUAAAGGUUUCCAGAUCUAGCUAGUCUGUAAAAAAUGAAUCUGAUAACGAAUGCUCAUAAAAAUAAGAAAAAGACAACUAAAAAUAAUAAAAAUAAAAUCUUAAAAAUUAAAAACCAUAAUAAUAAUAAUAAUUAGAAUAAAAUGAAGUAAAUUCAUCUAGCAAUUAAAAAUGCUGCACAUGUUAAGGAAUAAUUAUUAAUAAGAAGAGGAAUUUAGGAGAAUUAUCAUAGUAAAAUAACUUCUAAGAUGAUUCAAGUCCAAAAGAAACUUCAACCGCAUAUAGCACUGUUGUUAUUGAUUUGACAUGCAGAGAUAUUCUAUAAAAGAGAGUCAAAAUUACAAUUCCAAUUUAUAAAAAUGAUAACAGCAGUAGCUUAAAAAAAGUUUAAUCUAAAAAAUAAAGUGAUUAAGAAUAUUUAAAUUAUAAUAAAAUUUGUAAAGAUCUAUAAAACAAAGACUAAAGCACUUCACUUUCUUUGAGCUCAUAAAAAUGUUUGGAUGAAAACGAUAUAGUUAAUUAAAAUUUGAUUAUCCAAGAAGAACAAACUUAAUCACAAUCAAACCAAAACAAAGGAUCUUAUUUGUAUAGCAAUAAUUCUAUAUCAUUUAAUAGAGAAAAGAUGUCUUCUGAGAGCCAAACACCUGUACUUAAGGAUACCAAAAAAUCCUCUUUAUCAUUUAGCAGUUAAAACACUUGUAUCUUAGAUAAUUAAUUUAACUCUUAUUCCAAAAUUUAAUAAAGUGCUCCUUUAAAUACCUAAACAAUAAAUCCUGAAUAAUAAAAUUAAUAUUAAAUAUUAUUCUAGUAAAACUAACAAACUUCUUAAAACCAAUAGCAGUAGUAGUAUUAACAAUAGUAAUCAUCAUCAUCAUAAUAAUAACAAUAGCAAAUUUUCAUGUAAAUAAAUCCUCUAUACUACUAAUUAUAAAAUAAUUAACAAUAAUGCUAGCCAGUCAAUUACAAUCCUUUAUAAAUCUUUCAAUAUCAAUAAAUGUAAUAAGUGUAGUUAAAUAAGCAAGUUCUUUCUUUAUAAUGA